AUGACUAUAAUUGUUCGAUUUGUGUCCAUCAAGGAAGGCGAGUCUCCAACUGCUGAACCAGAGAUCUGUAUAGAUGAAAAAUUUCUAGGUUUUAUCCAAAUCCAAAGUUCAACGGGAGAAGGUUUAACUGAGGCAAUUUUGUCUGAACUUGAAAAACUUAAGAUCCCAGUUGGUGAUAUGAGAGGACAAGGAUACGAUAAUGGAUCCAAUAUGAAGGGCAAACACCAAGGUGUUCAGAAAAGAAUCCUGGAUUUAAACUUGCGUGCCUUUUAUAUUCCCUGCAGCGCUCAUACCUUAAAUCUAGUUGUGAAUGAUGCAGCCAUGUCAUGCAGGGAUGCUGCAACCUUCUUUUCUAUUGUACAGAAAAUCUAUGUGUUUUUGUCAGGAUCCACAGUUCGGUGGAAUGUCUUGAAGAAGCACAUUGGCAGACUUACGCUUAAACCUUUGUCUGACACCAGAUGGUCUUCAAGAAUAGAUGCUAUUCGUCCAUUUAGGUUCCAGGUUGGAGAAAUUUUUGAUGCUCUCUCUGAAAUUUCGAGAGAGAACUCUCACACGGCAAUGGCACAGUCUGAUGCUGAAUCUCUUUCAAAAGAACUGAAUAACUUUAAAUUUUUGUGUCUUAUUGUGUUGUGGUACAACAUCUUAAAUAGAAUAAACUUUGUUACAUACUUCUACUUUGGAGAAGUUUGCUAUCUCCCAGAUGUUAUAGAUAUUCUGGAAUCCACAACCAAUUAUUUGAAGAAUUAUCGUUCUGAUAAAGGGUUUGAAGAUUUACUGGAAGAGGCAAAAGACCUAUCAUUAGAAAUGGAAAUAGAUCCUGUGUUUCCUCCUUUUGUGCGACAAACUAAAAAAAAAGUUAUGAAACACCGGAUGAUCCGAUUUGUGAUCCUGCAAAAAAAUGUAAAAUUGAGUGCUUUUACAGCAUUUUGGAUGUAUGUAUUAAUUCUCUUGAUGAGAGAUUUGGGCAAAUUAAGCACCACAGCAAGCACUUCCAGUUUCUUUAUAAUAUACAAAAACUUAAAGAUGUACCAAGGGAAGCAGUUAUGGAGUACUGUAUAG